AAGAAACGCUGGUUUAUCCUGCGGAGCGGCCGGAUGAGCGGCGACCCAGACGUCCUGGAAUACUACAAGAAUGACCACUCCAAGAAGCCCCUGCGGAUCAUCAACCUCAACUUCUGCGAGCAGGUGGACGCAGGCCUGACCUUCAACAAGAAGGAGCUGCAGGACAGUUUCGUGUUUGACAUCAAGACCAGCGAGCGCACCUUUUACCUGGUGGCCGAGACCGAGGAGGACAUGAAUAAGUGGGUCCAGAGCAUCUGUCAGAUCUGUGGCUUCAAUCAGGCUGAGGAGAGCACAGACUCCCUGAGGAACAUUUCCUCCGCCAGUCACGGUCCCCGCUCCUCUCCAGCCGAGCUCAGCAGCUCCAAUCAGCACCUCCUCCGAGAACGAAAAUCCUCAGCCCCGUCGCACUCCAGCCAGCCGACCCUGUUCACGUUCGAAGCCCCCGUGUCCAGCCCCCUGCAGCCUGCCCUGUCCACCAGUGCACCUCAGGAGUAUCUCUACCUGCACCAGUGCAUAAGCCGGAGAGCGGAAAAUGCCAGGAGUGCCAGCUUCUCUCAGGGCACCAGGGCCUCUUUCCUCAUGAGGAGUGACACAGCCGUACAGAAACUUGCCCAGGGCAACGGACACUGUGUCAACGGGGUCAGCGGUCAAGUCCAUGGCUUCUAUAGCCUCCCCAAGCCGAGCCGGCACCAUGCGGAAUUCAGAGACAGUGCCUACGACCUGCCCCGGAGCCUGGCCUCUCACAGCCACACCAAGGGCAGCCUCACGGGCUCCGAGACGGAUAACGAGGACAUAUACACCUUCAAGACGCCCAGCAACACCCUGUGCAGGGAGUUCGGGGACCUCCUGGUAGACAAUAUGGAUGUUCCGGCCACCCCCCUCUCCGCCUACCAGAUCCCUAGGACAUUCACGCUGGACAAGAACCACAAUGCCAUGGCAGUGGCCGCUCCUGGGGACUCAGCCAUAGCUCCCCCACCCAGACCCCCCAAGCCAAGUCAGGCAGAAACACCUCGGUGGGGCAGCCCUCAGCAGAGACCUCCCAUCGGUGAAAACAGCAGGUCAGCCUCCGCUGCCACCAUCCCCAGGCGCAAUACCCUCCCGGCGAUGGACAACAGCCGACUUCACCGAGCUUCUUCCUGUGAGUCCUACGAGUACCCUCAGCGUGGCGGAGAGAGUGCCGGCCGCUCUGCAGAGUCCGUGGGUGACAGAGUUAAUUCUUUCCUGCCAGGGAAAACACUCAUAGGCCGAUCAGACAGCACCAAUUCCGAAGACAACUACGUGCCCAUGAAUCCCGGCUCCUCCACCCUGCUGGCCAUGGAACGAGCAGGUGAUAACUCCCAGAGCAUCUACAUCCCCAUGAGCCCGGGGCCCCAUCACUUUGACCCGUUUGGCUACCCCUCGACAGCCCUUCCUAUGCACCGAGGCCCCAGCCGGGGGAGUGAGAUCCAGCCGCCCCCUGUCAACCGCAACCUCAAACCUGACCGGAAAGCAAAGCCAACGCCACUCGACCUGAGAAACACCACUGUCAUCGAUGAGCUCCCCUUCAAGUCACCUGUCACCAAGUCUUGGUCUAGGGCUGUCCACACCUUCAAUUCCAGCUCCUCCCAGUACUGCCGCCCCAUCUCCUCACAGAGCAUCACCAGCACGGACUCGGGAGACAGUGAAGAGAACUACGUCUCUAUGCAAAACCCAGUGUCUGCAUCGCCCAUUCCCAGUGGCACCAACAGUCCAGCCCCGAAGAAGAGCACCGGCAGCGUCGAUUAUCUGGCCCUGGACUUCCAGCCAAGCUCCCCAAGCCCCCACCGCAAGCCAUCCACGUCAUCCGUCACUUCCGACGAGAAGGUGGACUACGUCCAGGUGGACAAGGAGAAGACCCAGGCCCUGCAGAGCACCAUGCAGGAGUGGACAGACGUGCGGCAGUCCUCAGAGCCUUCCAAGGGUGCGAAGCUGUGACUGGGGGGCCACCCAGCUUGGAGAGGGGCCCGGAGGCACCAAAGCUGGCUCCUUCCUGUCUCCCCUCUCUCCUCUACUGUUGCCCCCUCCCACCCAUCCCCUCCACUUUGCCGCUCUCGCCUUCAAAGCACUUGACAUCAGGGACCCUGACCCUUCCCCUGGGAGGCAAGGGCCUGAUGGAGGCACUUCCUCCGCCCACUUGGGGCCCACCUUUGGUUUUUAUCAGUAAUGGCCAUGCCUCUGUUCACCUUAGUUAGGGCUCUUGCCAAAAAACAUCCUUCAGCCUCUUCCUUCCCUUUAGACCUGAGUAUCCACCAGACAUAUGGAAGGAAGGGCUGGGGCUCUGAGCCAGAUUCCACACCUCAUGCUUGCUCCCGGCGCCCAGCCCCCUUCCCUCCAGUGCAUGGGCUACCUCCGUCAGUCCUGGAGGAAGCCCGUCAUCUCAGCCUGUCCUGGAGGACAAGGGUGAGCAGACCAAAGUGGACAUGGACUUCAUCCCUUUCUCAGGGGAGAGGCAAGGCCACUGACAGAUGGAGGAGCUGAGAAGGUUAGAAGUGGUCUCUAUGGACAAAGGAGUUAGGCUCCCCAGAUGCAGAGGUGAGGUGAUACCUGCAGUGGGCCCCCACCUUCAGCCAGUGUCAGUGCCGCUGUGGGGUGGGAGAGGCAGGAGGAUGAGUAUGUUGGGCAACGAAGAACAAGGAGACUGCGGGGUCGGCCCUGCGAAGCUCUGCGGCUGCACAACCCCAAGUUCCUGCCACCCGAGGAUGCAGCGUCAGAGAAGGUUCGGGCGGGGCUGGGAGAUGCAGUGUGGGAGGGAGGAAGCGUGGGGGCACUGGAGGUGAUACUGGGGUUGAGGGUAAUGCAUGGGACACCGCAGGGGGGACGGGGCAGCAAGUUUCUGCAAGAUGAGAGGCAGAGGUGAAGGCCAUGGGGGCACAGCAAAGCACAUGGAGACGUAUGCUCUAAGGGCCCAGUGACUUGCAGGAGGAAGUGCCAUGGGGAUGCGAGGUAGAGCAGAAAGUGAAGGAUCGAUGUCAGGGGAGUGGUGUGCGUGGUGGCAGUUCCCAGGAUUGAUGGAGAGAGCAGGACAGAGCCUGGGGAUGGCGUGGGAGUGGCUAAGAGCUUGCGCAGUGUGACCGGGGUUUAUGCCAGGGCCCAGGGCAGGUAUACAUGUGGCCUGGUGCCAGGCUGAGUGUUUUUCAGCUCAUAUCACCCUCUGUUAAACCCUCGCAUCUCAGGUGCCACGCUGGACUCAAACCUGGCUGCAGGGACAGGAGGGAGGGCUCUGAAUCUUUUUCUAGAGUUUCAGAGGCAACUGGAAAGAUCAGAUGUUUCAUCUUACCCUGGGGAAUAGACUCUCCUCCUAAAAAAAAAAAUGACUUCCCACUGUAUUGAGUGGAGGUGGCUACCGCUCACCUUUUAGUUUGUGUGUGUACAUACCCCUAACCAGCCCAAGGGUCCAACCAUUCCCAAGAAGUCCCAUCCUGGAGAAGUUAUUUCCUCCACAGUAGCCCCCUCCUCCUAGUAUUAGUUCAAAUCACUUCAACCAGCACAUAUUAAUGGCUGCUGGGACCAGGCUCUAGGCACUGAGGACACAGGAAUUGACAAGACUGCCCUAUACUUGAGAAGGUCACAAUCAGUGGGGGGGGGAGGGGGACCAGGAAUUGGUAAUGGCCAUGAGAGAGACUGAAAAUGCUGAUGAACCCAUUCCUAGGACAAGCGGGGCAGGAGUUAGAAGGGGACCGAGAUCAGACAAGGUGGUUUCUCGUAAAAGGAGGUAACUGAGAUGGGCCUCAGGAGAAGACGGGUCAGAUUUGUAAGGGAAGGAGAGCAGCGCUGGGUCCAGUGGAGGAAGAAGGGAGGAAAGACUUGGAAAGCCUUGUGGUUUGGGAGUUGGGUCCGUGGCUCUUUGUUUCUGGAGAUGGAAUGGCCAUGGUGGCCUGCAGUGGGCAGGUCUGCUGGUGCACUCUGGUCAGCCCUGACUGUGUCCCUGUGCCCCAGCAGGCUGCAGGUGGGCCCAGGUGUUGGUACCCUAAUACCAGCAUUUUCUGACCAUGCCAUGAUAUGAAUUAAACUGGUUGGAGUCUUCAGAGACUGUUCAAAUCUAAUCAGCAAGGAGACCUACCUUCAGUCCUAUAACUCCCAAACUCUUAGGGUAAAGACGGAAGGAAGUACAAGAGAAGAUGAGACCGGCUCACAAGCCCCAAACUACCAGGUGUUUAGUACAUACCUGUCAGCUCAGUUUAAAAACUGGUCCUUUGGCCUACUGGGUCAAAGCUCACUUCUCCUGGUGGCCUGGCAAGAUUGGGGGUGCUUUCUCAGCUCAGCUAACACAGGACCCAUCCUGCCUGGGGCUCCCCAUAGAAGGAGCCGUCCUCACCCACUUCCAGCUCCACCUCUGCAGGGUUAAAGAAAGUAGAGCAGGAACAGUGACAAGAGAGAGAGAGUGCUACGGGGAGACUUGUCUCCUUAGAAUGUUUGCCCAUGUGUGAAAUGGGUGGUUAUAUUAGGUCUCUGAGGCCCCUGAUGUGGCUGAUGCUCAACUGUUUUAAAGGCAAAUUCCCUGCCCUGUGACCUCUCUCAAGGGUCUGGAUCACCAGGGAUGGGCAGCACCCAGAACAUUAGCCAGUUAACCCAGUCCCCUCCCUAGAUUGAGUUUGGUAACCUCUAAAUCUGAAAUCAUUCACAUAUGCCCCAGUUGUAAGAAGCACAACCAUCCUGAAGUGAUUGGAGCUCCGCUCAACUCUAGUCUGCCCUUUGGCCCCUUUACCGCCUCAGCCCUGGGGCGUGGCCAUCCAGCCCUCCCCCCACCCACGCCCCUUUGACAAAGCUCUGCAAGUGGAGUGCAACACGUCCUUCCUCUCUCUGGGCCUCCAUCUGCAAAUGUGGGGGAAUGAGACUGGCCACACGAGCUCUAAAGCCCCUCUCAUGGGGCUAUCAUUCUGGGACUCCCCAAGCUUUCUGGGGCCAGGUCGGCCACCUGCUGAGGGGGGUUCCCGCUGGAGAGUCAGGCUGUCAUGUGAUAUUUGGUGGUGUGUGUUGUGUGUGUAUUGGUUACAUGUCUUGAAAUUUAGAAUCAUUCACACAGAAUUGUUGCUAUUUGUCGGGAACAGAGAAUGGGCUAGGGGAAGCCCAGUCUGGGGUUCUUGUCAUUUAAAAUUGACAUUUAAUUUUUCAAAUCACUGUUGGUGCCUAAUCACUUAAGUUAUUAAUUUAUUCUGUUUUCUUUUUAAAAAAAAUUUGUAACACGUAUUUAUCCUGUGGGUAGGUCUGGGGUGGGGUGGGCACGUGUUUGUGUGGGUCCUGUUUUUGCUGUGGUGACACAUGGUACAGGCCUGGUGCUUGCAGGUCCCUUUUUACUAUGGUGUUGGAGCAGGACAACAAUAAAGUCCAUUAGAAGCAAA